GUGCUUCAUGGCUGACGGCGAAGAGUUCUCGACAUCUGCUCUUUAUCGAGACAAUCCAGAAUGGGCAGACGUGAAGCCGAUAUAUCCUACGAAGGAGGAAGAAGGUGCAGUUCGUAUCGCUGUCAGUGAGCAGUGUGAGUAUUGUUUCUGCCUAGUAAGCAACAAUUUGAACAUUGGCAUUAGAGAUGCCUUUGCAUAUUUUCGUGCUGUACUCGCAUCGGGGGAAAUGUCAUCUCGCGUCUUCUUGCUUACUGAAGAUUGUAUACAGCUGAACCCUGCAAAUUACACGCUUUGGCAAUUUCGUCGUGAACUGUUGAAAAAAUUGGAAGUUGAUCUUUCAAAGGAACUUAAAUAUCUGGACGACAUCAUUAUGCAAACUCCCAAGAAUUAUCAAGUUUGGCAUCAUCGCAGAUGCGUUGUGGAAUGGAUAGGUGCAUCUGUUGCUGAAAAUGAACUCACAUUCACUGCUCAAGUCAUAGAGGACGAGUCCAAGAACUACCAUGCAUGGCAGUACAGGUACAAGAACCAUAUCUAUUAAUC